GAAGGUGGAAUAUAUGUGCGCCGUUGGUCAACGCCUCUCUCGCACUGAAGAUAAAGUUGUUAUCCUCAAAGAAACACAGAGUAACUGAAGGAGGAAAAUUUUUGCUAAAAGGUGAUGGUAGGGACAGAAGUAUAAUCAAGUAUCGACAACCGAAGAAUUUUCUGAAACCUAACCGCACCAACUCCGUUGGCCGAGGGAAUUCCGGCGACAGUUAAGCAGUCCUUGCUAUUGAAACUCCAACAAGAUUUGAUACAACGAGUUCUUCUUGAGCAGGUGGUUCUUUUCUACUAUAUUAAGGUUUGAAGUCAUUUGGGUUCGCGUUAAUUGCUAAGAGAGAACGCAAAUGUCGUCACAGCUACACGUUGAGGAUGGUUCCCUUUACGGUUCCGACUCGUCAUCCAGACCGUCCAGUUUACCACCUGUAUCUACAUCUAGUAUCGACUGGUCAUCCAGAGCGUCCAAUUUGCCACCUCUACCUACAUCUAGUAAGGAGACCAGAUCCGCGUCCCCAAAGGGAAAACUAGUUUGCCAUCAAUUUACAAUUGCUCAGAUUCGAUCUGCCACCCAAGACUUCAACGAAAGCUUGCUAUUAGGGAAAGGUGGAUUCGGGAACGUGUACAAAGGCAUAAUCGAUAAUGGAACAAGAAUCAUUGUGGCUAUUAAACGGUGGAGCUUCAAUUCUUCUCAAGGUGUCCGAGAAUUUGGGGCUGAAGUUGAUUUACUUCCUAUGGUGCAACACCCUAACAUAGUGUGUUUGCUUGGAUAUUGUACUGAUGACAAAGAGAUGAUCCUUGCUUAUGAGUAUAUGUCCAAAGGAAGCCUUGGAGAUCACCUACACAAUCAUCAUACUCCAUUAUCUUGGUCACAAAGGCUCAAGAUAUGUAUUGAUGCUGCAUGUGCGUUAGAAUACCUCCACAAUGGGAGUAGUGGGCAAGAGGUCAUAUACAACAAUGUGAAGAGCGCUGAUAUAUUGUUAGAUAACCAGUGGAGAGCCAAAAUUGCAGACUUUGGAUUGUCUAAAAUAAUCCCUAUUGAUAACUACUCUACCCAUGUUAGUACUGAAGUUGUAGGCACCUUUGGGUAUGUAGAUCCAGAAUAUAUGGCAACUGGCAGACUUAGUAAGAAGUCUGAUGUGUAUUCAUUUGGAGUGGUUUUAUUGGAAGUGGUAUGUCGGAGGCGUGCAAUCGAUAGAAAUCUGGAUAAGAAACAGCAACUACUGGUGAGAUGGGCUCAAGACUUUGUGAGAAGAGGGAAACUAAAGCAGAUCAUUGAUCCAGAGUUGAAGGGGCAGAUUUCAAGUACAUGCUUGAAUGAUUAUGUGAAAAUAGUGGAAGGAUGUUUACAUGAAAGUCAAGAGCAACGUGUUACAAUGGCUGAGAUUGUUACUGGUCUUGAGUCUAUAUUGGCAUCACAUGAGAGAACAAAUAGUUCUUUUCCCCAAAUGGGUAUAACUGCAUCUGGUAGGAGGUUGCACAAGUAUUUCUUUUCCUCCGGACAGAACUCUGGGGGAAGCUACUUUAGCAAGGUCACAAGGCUUUUGUCUGCCAAAUCCCUCCAGCAUAAGGGAGAUGAUGGUAACAUAUCCAAAUUGCCACCUGUACCUACAUCUAGUAAGGAGACCAGAUCAUCGUCCCCAAAGGGAGGACAUUUCCGUCAAUUUACAAUUUCUGAAAUUCUAUCCGCCACUCAAGACUUCAACAAAAGCUUGGUGAUAGGGAACGGUGGAUUCGGGAACGUGUACAAAGGCACAAUCAAGAGUGGAACAGGAAUCAUCGUGGCUCUUAAGCGGUGGAACCCUGUUUCUCAUCAAGGUGCCACUAAGUUUCAGGCUGAAGUUGAUUUGCUUCCUAUGUUGCGACACCCUAACAUCGUGUCUUUAAUUGGAUCUUGUACUGAUCGUAAAGAGAUGAUUCUUGUUUACGAGUAUAUGUCCAAUGGAAGCCUUGGAGAGCACCUACACAAGCAUCGUACUCCGUUAUCUUGGUCACAAAGGCUCAACAUAUGUAUUGAUGCUGCACGUGCAUUACACUACCUCCACAAUGGGAGUAGUGGGAAAGAGGUCAUAUACAACAAUGUGAAGAGCGCUGACAUAUUGUUAGAUAACCAAUGGGCAGCCAAACUCACAGACUUUGGAUUGUCUAAAAUAAUCCCCACUGAUAACUGGUCUAACCAUGUUAGUACACAAGUUGCAGGCACAUUUGGGUAUAUCGAUCCAGAAUUUUAUACAACAGGCAGACUAAGCAAGAAGUCUGAUGUGUAUUCCUUUGGAGUGGUUUUAUUGGAAGUACUAUGCAGGAGGCAUGCAAUCGAUUGGAAUCUUGAUGAGGAACAACGGGGAUUGGUGAGAUGGGCUCAACACUGUAUAAGAACAGGGAAAGUAGAGCAGAUCAUUGAUCCAGAUUUGAAGGGGCAGAUUUCGCUUAAAUGCUUAAAUGAUUAUGCAAGAAUAGUGAAAUGCUGUUUGCGUGAACAUCAAGAGCCACGUAUUACAAUGGCUGAGGUUCUCUUUGGUCUUGAGUCUAUAAUGGCAAUACAUGAGAGAACUGAUUCGGGCUUCCAGAAGCAUUUCUUUUCCUACAGAGAGAAAUCUGGGAGAAGCUACUUUAAAAAGGACAUUGAGGUUUUGUCUCCCAAAUCCAACCAGCAUGAGAGUGAUUAUGGUGACAUGCCAGAAAAGGAUGUGGAUUUUAUAUCUGAAAAAUCAUAUGAGCGCCUUGAAAUAAGUUCACAGCAAAGCAUCAGGUACUCUAGUGACGAGUUUGAUCCAACUAGUGAGCCAAACCAUGAAGUCAUUGAUGAAGACCAAACAAAAUCCUUGUAUGAAUUGAUGCACUUGGAGUAUAUACAACGAGCUGAUGCCUUGAUGAAGAUGAAGGACUUUUUACACCUCAUCUGGUUUUACCAUGUGAAAAAAGAAGCAGAGGUCGACUUUAGGUCUCUUUUAGACAAGUUUUCCUCAUUAAAUGAGUACAUAAGAAAGUCACUGGACUCUCCCACGGAUGGAAGCUACCUGAUAGAGAUUCAAACACUUCUUCAAGACAUUGAAGAACAUUUAGAUGAUGCUCAUUUUGAUAUGGUGGCCUAUUUACCAGAAGACAACAGUUUCGGGUCUGUAGGAAUUGAAAAUCUAGCAACAGGAGUCAACUCUGGGCAAGUUUCUAUUGCAAGUUUUUGGUCAGGUAUACCAGAAGUCCAUGCUAGUGUAGUUGCUUCGGCUGCCCACAGAGCUGUAAGUUGUAUCAAGGAUUUGAAAGUCAAGAAGCUUGGUAUUUCGGGAAGUGGUUCUCAGGAAGUAGCAGAAACAUUGAAGGAUAUGCCAGAGUUAAGAAGCGCGUUUGAUAUGGUCUUGUGUGUACGUGUAAAACGUCAUAACAUCAAAGAGCUUGUGAACGAUAUAGAAGAAGAAAUAUAUCUGUGGAGGAAAAGAAGCUCAGAAACUGACAAUGAAACAAUUGUUGUGGAAAAGUACCUGAACUGUUUGUUGUUCAUAGAUUGCAGUGACACUUAUAUCGAUUUGCAUGACCCUGAGUUCAAUCUGUCCAAAUGGUUUGAAACUGUGCAGAUAGUGAUGACAAGUGGAUCAGAAAAUGCUUAUUGCCCGGUGGAUAUAGAGAUCAGAGUUGAGGAUCAUCUUCUACCUUGGAUAUUAUUCUCUGCAAAUGUUGACCUAGAAACAGUGAGCAAGUACCCUAGGAUUCAAGAAAUGGCAACACGCUUAAUCGAAAAGUGUCAUGGCCAUUUACUCUCCAUCAUUUUACUUGCAAGGGCUUUGAGAGGUGUGGUUCAAGUUGGUGUUUGGGAAUUUGCAUUACAGGAAUUAGCCUCACAAAAAGAGCCUUCAUCAUCAUCACAGUUGGGUAUCACAAGUGAUGUCAUGGUGAGGGUGUUAAGAUUCAUUUGGUCUCGCAUGGAAAGCUUGUCUCAAAGGUGCAUUAUACAAUUUGCAACACGCUACAUAGGAACAGAGUUUGAUAAAUUUUUAUUGAUAAGGAGUUGGAUUAGAGAUGGGUUGGUAAAAACUGAACAGGAAGGAGAAAAUGUCUUUGAAGACCUCAUACGUUCCUUCCUUGUAGAACAAGUCGGGAAUAAUUGUGUUAGAAUGAGAGAUGAGACUCGAGUUAUUUUAGUUGCUGAAUUUGUACCUCGUGCAUAUCGACUUUAUCUUAAGCAAGAUGGUUCAGAAUCAAUCAGAAUGCCAAACGUUGAAGAGUGGGAUGCAAGGGAAAUCCACUUAAGUAAUAACAUAAUAUCCGAGCUUCCAGAUAACCCCAACUGCCCAAUUCUUGUAAAUUUGUUUUUACACUUCAAUCAAGAUCUCAUUGAUAUUCCCAUUACAUUCUUUGAUAACAUGCCUAGCAUCCAAGUUCUAGAUUUGUCAAGCACGAGCAUAAAAUGUUUGCCAUCUUCCAUUUCUAAGUUGACAGCUCUUGGGAAAUUAUUCAUAAGAGACUGUGACCUUUUGAUGGAACUACCACCUGAAAUUGGAGCCCUUAAGAAUCUCAAGGUCUUUGACUCAGAAGGAACACAACUUGUAUGCUUACCAGAGCAAUUUGGGUCGCUAACCAAGUUGGAAUGCUUGAAGUUUUCUUUGUAUAACUUUCCAGACAAGCCCAAAGCAAGCAACCAAAGUAUGCAUAUAGUUCCUAUAACAGUUUUUUCAAAACUCAUACGGUUAAAGGAACUAAGCAUUUGUAUGGAUCUGUAUGGUGAAUGGUGGGAAGAUGAGGUCAAACUUAUCAUCAAAAUUUUGCCUAAAUUUUGGAACAUGGAAUCUUUGAGACUGUAUUUCCCUACCAUAGAAUUGCUGGAGAUGUUUAUGGAGACACUGAACUGGCGAGGGGUCCCUCUUUACCAACAUUUGUCAAAUUUUGGUUUCGUUGUUGGUCACCUUCAACAACGUCUCAUAUCGCGUGUCCCACAUGACCUUCAUAAGACCUUUGCAAAACUGCCAAAGUGCCUGGCAUAUACAAAUGGCGAUGGGGACACAAAAGUGAUUGCCAGGGUUCUAGAACAUGCUAAUUCUCUUUUCUUGGACCGCCACUGGACUCUCCAGUCCUUGUCUGCCUUAGGACUGGCGGAGAUGGAGAAGCUGAAAUUCUGCCUGUUGUCGGAAUGCAAUGAAAUGCUGCAGAUUGUCAAUGGACGCCAUUUAGAAGAUUUUUUUGUAAGACCAGUUCUCGGAUCAUUACAACAUCUCUCAAUUUAUUACAUGAAGAGUCUCCUUUGCAUCUGGAAUGGUCCAAUUCAUAGUCGGUGUCUGUCCAAUCUAAAAACCUUGGCGAUGCAUUCAUGCCCUGAGCUGAGGACCAUUUUUACGCAGGAGUUGCUUGAAAGUCUCACUUGCUUAGAGUGUCUUAUCGUUGAAGACUGUACUAUGAUCAAUAGCCUUGUUAGUUUGGGAUCCUACAACUCUACAUCAACUCGUUAUCUUCCAAGCUUGAAAAAGAUAUCACUUAUCCACCUCCCAGAAUUGUUGAGCAUCUCUCGUGGUAUAAGUAUUGCCCCACGGUUGGUAAGUCUUGUCGUUUAUGAUUGCCCAAACCUUGAGAAACUAUCCUACAUGAAAGCAUUUGAUAAUAAUAUCAAGGAAAUUAAAGGAGAGAAUGAAUGGUGGGAUGCAUUGAAAUGGUGCCAACCGGAGUGGACCGGUGGUCGGCCUGAUUAUCUGGCUAGAGUUUUCAUCCCGCUUGGAACAAAUGGUGACAUUAUGGAUGAACUAGCUGAUGCUGUCAACAUUCUCCCUCAUUUAAGUGAUCAUUAGCGUUUUUCUUUUAAACACAGGUAUUGGGGAGCUUACUAAGGAAGCAGAAACAGUGCAAGUGGACACACGCCCAUGUGAAUUUAAAAACAAAGUGUGUGUUAAAAGGUGUAUGUUUGGGUGUGAUUUACAUAUGCCGAAACUUUUUAGAAUGAAAGUAUUUUAUUAAUGUUGAUCUAGUGAUAAGGGAGAGGGCAAAGUUUAACUUCAUAGUAGACACUUGGAAAGCGUUGAAGGCGAAGCAAAUCGACACUUUUGUAUAUCUUUUUGUAGCAGUGAAACUAUUUAUAUAUGUUACACCCAAUUGUUAGAAAAUGUGAUAGCUUUUUUAUAAGUUGUACAGACUUUUGUUUCGUAGUAUAUGAUGUAUUUUUCAAGAAGAAUUUGUGUAUUGUUGGUUA